AUGAUUAUCACUACAGGCCGUCCUGAUGCGCAUUAUCACGUUCGAGAGACUUUGGGUCAGGGCACCUUCGGGGUAGCAAAACGUGUUGUGGAUAAGAAGACAAAGGAAGCGAGAGUGAUGAAAGUGAUUAAUAAGAAGAGUAGUCAUAUGGAUCCGCAGGAGUUGGAGCAAGAGAUAAAGAAUAUGAAGAAGAUGGACCAUCCGCAUAUAUUGAAGAUGUUCGAGUAUUUCGAGGACUACAACAACGUAUACCUCAUACUCGAGUUGUGUGAAGGUGGCGAGCUGAUGAAAGUGAUAGAAGACACAUACACCAAGAGUAGAGGCAAGAAGCGUUUGACUGAAGGAUGGAUUGCCGGCCUAUACGCGCAGGUUUUGGAGGCCGUCUCGUAUUGCCAUAGCCAUGGUUUGAUCCACAAAGACAUCAAAGCGGAGAAUAUCAUGCUACUCAACAAAGAUAAGACUACCAAGAAUCCAUUCGAUGCCCCUCCUCAUGUGGUGUUGAUCGACUUUGGUCUAGCUGAGGCCUUCGACCCUGACCGUCCCUUCGUCUCUCGACAUGUUGCAGGGACGCCUUAUACGAUGGCCCCCGAGGUUUGGAAUGCUACGCUGAGUCGUAGCAACACCUUUGGUUUGAAGUGCGAUGUUUACAGCCUCGGUUGUGUUCUUUUCCACCUUUUCUGUGGUGAACCUCCCAUCAUCGCGCGAUCGAUGAAGGCGCAAGAUUGGUUGAAGGCGAUAAGUGUUGGUCCCGACUGGAGAUUACUGAAGCACGCUACCCCACAUGCAAUACAGCUCGUGAAGAAGAUGAUGACGUAG